GCCAGCGCUCAGAGGGAGGUCGAGGAGAGCAUGCAGGUCGUCUCAGAGCUGGUUCGCUCCAUCCAUAAGACUCAGGGCGAGCUGGUUUUGGGCAUAGAGGAGAAGCAGAGGCAGACGGAGAGGUGGGCUGACGGCCUCAUCGCUGGACUGGAGCAGGAAAUUGCUGAGCUGAAGAGGAGGAACACAGACCUGGAAAACGUGGCUCGGACAGACCACAUUCACUUCUUAAAGAGCUUCCCAGCCCUUAGCACUCCUCCUUCUGUCAAAGACUGGUCUGAGACCAGUGUUCCCACUGCCAUGUGUGUCGGCAUGAUCAGGAGAUCUUUGUCCAAACUGGAGGUAGCAUUAAAGGAAAUGAUCCGCAAACUGGCGGAAAGUGAGAUCAAGAAGAUUCUGAAAUAUACAGUGGACGUAACCCUGGACCCUGAGUCCGCCAACCCCUGGUUGCAGCUUUCUCAGGACAGGCAUCAGGUGAGACACCUGGGCGCAUGGCAGGACCUCCCAGAUCAUCCUCUACGCUUCGACACCGUGGUCGUCGUCCUGGGCCGCGAGGGCUUCACCUCAGGAAGACAUUACUGGGAGGUCCAGGUGGGGGACAAGGACGACUGGUACAUGGGUGUGGCCAGGUCUUCGGUCAACAGGAAGGGCAAAAUUGCGAUAAGUACUUCCCAAGGCUACUGGGCUCUGGCCAUGAAGAAAGGCCAGGGGUAUCGUGUGUCAACAUCCCCGCCGUUACCGCUUGCCAUCGACCCCAAGCUCAAGCGAGUGGGCGUGUACGUGGACUACGAGGAGGGGCAAGUGUCCUUUUAUGAUGUGAAGGCUUUGACCCACAUUUACACAUUCAAAGAUACGUUCACAGAGAAGAUCUUGCCCUUCUUCUACCUGUACUGCUGCGACAAAGCCUCUGAUACCAUUGUGAUAUCUCCUGUGAUUGAGAAGAGCCCGAUCAAGCAAAGCUAAGGAAACGUUUGACAGUAAAAACAGCACUGAAAAUAUGUAUGAGAGUGAAAACUGACUGUGUUAUGUUGUAGCCGCCAUACUUGCUCUGAUCAAAUCCUGUAUAUGUAUUACAUGUACAUGUAUAGUGUAGCCCUACAAUAUAUUGAUUCAACAACUUACGUAUUAUAUCUGUUCAAGUUAUAUGAAGCCUUAAAAGGAUAGUUUGACAUUUUGGGAAAAAUACAUCAUAAAAUACAACUCUCAUCACUAAAUCUGAAACUAAUGUUGAUUUUAAUUUUCUCUCACUUGAAAACUGUUUUGCGUUAUGCGUAGCGGGAAGGUGUACUCACACUCCUCAUCCCUUAAUGGUCGCCAUAACAUCUACUUAGCAAAAGGGGAGAAACAAGUAAUGAUGGCAGUUGUUAAGCAACACAUAUUUGAUUUUUUCUCUAGAUACCCCACUUCUGUUUUCAGGUUUAAGCCAUCAGUAUGUUUAUUUGGUUAAUUAAGCGGUCUAUAAUUAUUUGGUACAGCAAACGAUAACGCUAAUGCUAGCUAGCUAGCUUGAAAUGUAUAUAGGCCUACCAGCAAGUUAACAGUGUAGCCUACAUCAUGAAAGUAACCAAAAUUGAGACACAGGAUAGAGCAGUUAGUUAGCUUAGCAUAAAUGGGGGUUUUACAGUAUGUUCAAGAAUAUUUCUUCUUUGUUUUGCACAACUAAUAUGAUUUAUAAGAAGUGAACUUGUACAGACGCAGGCUAGCUGUUUCCAGUACUUAUGCUAAGCUUACAAUAUUUACCAUUCAGACAUAACAGUGGUUUUGAAACAGUUGGUCUUUCAUGUAACUCUCAGCAAGAACAUCAACACGCGUAGUUUCUAUAAUAACCUAAGCUUCUAACCGCAUGACAUUUCAUAAAAUCUAAAGAAAGUGUAGUCUCCAGAUUUCCAGAUUGCAUGUUGAUUUUUAAUCAAGUGUGAUUGAUGCGGCAAAGGUUGCUACGUUAGUUCAUGAUUUAUAACAAUAAAUGUUCCUUGAAGACAUUUCAGUAUUUGUCUUUCUUGAAAAAAACAGUUUCAUUUCAGUAAAAUGUCUCUUGACCACACCCACUUACAGUAACCAAGGCGCCUUCAGAGCUCUUCUCGUCAUGAGUGAUGAUUAUUGCAUUGUUUGUGGUGCGAUAAAUUACAGCGUAGGCAUAUCAUGUUUUUGUGAGAGGUAGUUCAGUCCUUUGGAAAAUACUGAAGAACCAUGGACAAUCUGGUGUGUCAUUCUUACAAAUACUUUAGCUGUUUUUCUUUUGGUUUUGAUUUUGAAAUACAGAAAUGUACUAAUGUGAUGCAGGAAAAAAAUCUACAAGUUCAUUCAUGCGCAACGGACUCAUUGUAUUCUAAACAGCCAUAAACAUUGGCCUGAUUCUCAAGAUGUAUCUAACUUUUGGACUCUUUUCGACCUACAAAUGUUAUGUUCUAGCAUUUUUUUAUUUAUUUGAAUUUUAAGAAAUUAUUCACAAAGCAGACAUGACAAAAUAAACACAUAUAGAUAUAUGAAUUAAUUACAUAACAGUCGACAAAUCCGAAAUGAAAU